UUACAAAAAAUAUUUAUAUAUAUAUGUAUGUAUCUAUAUAUAUAUAUAUGAAUGUGUCAUCUACUAAUGCAUUUAUGUUUUCCUUUUUCAUAACUAGUUUUAAUAAUAAGUUACGCCAACGUAAUACACGUAUAUAUAUAUUUUGUGGAUGAACGUGAUGGUAACCACAUUUAUGACUGGAUUUUUAUUAAUGCAUUCCGACAACCAAAACCUUGUCCUAUUUUUAUAAAUUUAUAUAUACAUAUAUUUACAUAUGUAUAUAUAUGUGUGUGUGUGUGUGUGUGUGUGUGUGUGUGUGUGUGGAUACAUUUGUAAUCAUCUGAACUAGAAAUAUAUUUAUUGUCAUGUCAUUUUGAAAAAAAAAAAAAAAGAAGAAAAAGAAAAAAACAAGUUUGCUUUACGUGUGAAUUUAUUUUAUCUUUGUUAUAUUUUAAACGAUAAUAAUUGAAAUAAUCGUAUAACUUAUAAAAGAUUAUAAUAUCAUUUCGACCGAUGUAAAUCGAUUAUACAAUAAGUGUUAUGAGCGGUGGUUUAUCCAUGUAUGAUGGUUUGGAGAAAGAGACAACAUCAAAUAAUGGAUUGGAAAAUGUUAAUGGAGGUAGCAAAAAAUUGGCAAGAGGAAUUUCUAGAGCCACAGAAAAUGCCGCUAUAGUUUCCUAUGCACGUUCCCAAUUUGCGACAUUGGGAUCAUUGGAUAUGCCCGAAUUUACAUUUUCUUUACCUGACUUAUCGGUAUAUCCAGAUUCGUUCCGUCAAUUUUUGGAAAAGGAUUUAAUAGAAGGUGGAUGUAUGUCCUCGUUAGAAGCGGCAGGUAGAUUGAAUUGGUGGUGCGCCAGUAAAAAUGGUACCAACAGAGUUCUAUGGCCAUUGGCAACGUCAGGUGAUGGCAAUUGUUUACUUCAUGCAGCUUCACUUGGUAUGUGGGGUUUCCAUGAUCGAUUACUUACAUUGAGAGAAACUUUGCAUAAUACAUUGAACAAGGGAGAAUAUCGGCAUGCUCUUUUUAGAAGAUGGAAAUGGCGUCAGAUGGGUUUAAAUGCUGUCUCAGGUUUGUCUUAUACGGAAGCCGAAUGGUUAUCAGAAUGGCAAACAAUAGUAGAUAUGGCAUCACCAAUAAUUAGGAAUCAAACGGCCACUUCUUAUCAAAGUCUUGAAGAAGUACACGUAUUGGCAUUGGCACAUGUUUUAAGAAGACCUAUAAUAGUAAUCGCGGAAACAAUGUUAAAAGAUGCAGAAGGAGUGGCAUUGGCUCCAAUACCAUUUGGAGGUGUAUAUUUACCAUUAGAAAUAUCAUCUGCUAAUUGUCAUAGAACUCCUUUAUUAUUGGCUUAUCAUUCUGCACAUUUCUCACCGUUGGUUACCGUACAUGGACAUAAUGACAUUGGCGAUGAUAAUAAUGAAGGUGUUAGUAUACCAUUGGUUGAUCCUGACACUGGUCAAAUAUUACCAGUUUUAUUCGCUGUUGAUCCUGGUCCUGAUUGGGAUUGGAUCGAUGGAUCACGUGAUUUAUUGACCUGCGAACAAAGCACGAUGGAGAUAUUGAUAAGAGAUUAUUUAGACUGUGAAUAUGUUAAUUUCACGUCGGAGGAUAUAGAUAGGUUGUCCGAUACAGAUGGUUCCUUGUCAAAGACAGCGAAACAAUUAUUAGGGGUUGCUAAACAAUUUGGAUCGAUUGGUAAAUCAAUGAGUAAAAAAUUUUGGUUCGCAAAAAGGCCAAAAAGUCCGCCAUCAUCUUCAAGCGGUUGUAAUUCUACCGAAGGAUUGUUAUGCAUCAAAAUGAAAAGUAGACGUCAUCAAUAUGUAGAUCAGAUGUUACAAAAUUAUCUCGAAUGUGCCCAUGACAGGUAUGUUCAAGAUCAUCAAUUGGACGAAACUGGUUGUGAAAUGAAUUAUGGUGCAGGGAAAUCAAAAUUCUAUGCUGCGAGUGAUCAUGGUAGUCAUGCAAGUGUCAGCAAAUUAUUACCAACGCAUCCAAAUAAAGACCGUACGCUUUAUCUUUCAAGAUCAACAUUCUAUAAUGAUCAUACGUCGCCUGAAAAGGUUGAUCGACAGUCAUGGAAUAGUAAUUUGCGGGCUUGCGUAAAGGAAUGUCGCAGUGAACAUUGCCAAUUUUUUGGCUCACCAGAAAAUGAAUAUUAUUGUUCGCAAUGUUGGGCUAAUCGACGUUAUUGCUGAACACAAAUGCGUCUCUUUUAUUUUAUUUUAUUUUAUGUCCCUCCCCCCUACUUUUUUUUUCCUCUUUUUUUUCCCUUCCUUGUAACAAAGCAUGACAAUAAUCAUGAUUAAAAAACAAAAAAAAAACCACCGAAUAGCAUACAUACAUACAUAUAUAUAUAUAUAUAUAUAUAUAUAAAGAAAUUAAGUUCUUCGUUAAUAUGAAUCAUAUAAAUCAAUCAUAAAAUAGAAAAUUUAUCUUUCCUCUUCGUUAUCAUUCUUUGUAUUCUAUAUCUCUCUCUCUCUUUCUCUCGCUCCUUAUUUUUUUUCUCUCUCUCUCUCUCUCUCGCUCCUUAUUUAUUUAUUAACAUUCUCAUUGAUUCAUUAAAAUUAAAAAUGCAUAUCGUACAAUAUGUAUCUAAUAAUUAUAGCCGAUAUAAUGUUCUUUAUCAAACAGAGAACGCCUUUCCUACAUGUUAUAGCCAAAACCAAAAGUGAAAAAAAAAAUAAAAGAAGAAUACAAAAUAAAGAAAAAAACAAAAAAAAAAAAAAAA